AUUAAAUGAAUUAUUCAGAGGCUAUGUGAUGCUCUUGAGGGGGAUCUGCGCUUACUGUGUCUUUAAAGUCGUGCAGAGGGGAGCCUAUACUAAAGAAAGGAGGGGGCUGCUGUGCGCCAGUUGGAGGUGUCUGCCUGUCGCAGCGGCUUGAGGUUGACAUUAAGAGGAGCGCGUCCAUGCUUCAGCGGGGAGAUACGGCGCGAUCUGAAGCCACUGAUACUCCGAUUGAACUGGUUCCAGGCAGAUAUACUCACCAGACCGAGGACACACGGAUGGACAGAGACAUAGUGCAGACGGAAUUAACUUGUCAGCCGGUGCGCGAGAUUUCUGGAUAUAAUGGGGAAUACGACACCUAAACCUUUAAUAGAUGCAUCUCUGCAACCCCGCCCAGUGGCCAGCAGGCAGUACUACACCCUGCCUAACAAUGGGGCAGGUGUGGAGAGAAGAACGUCUGCUGCUCCGGUCAGCAUCAGUGUGGAGUCGCCCCGCUUUCACCCCCACGCUAAAGGCAAGAACAUCAGGCUGGAUGGGCAGCUUCGUCGUGCCACGCGCAAGAACAGCUUCUGUAAUGGCAUCACUUUCAGCCACAGGCCUGUCCACCUUUAUGAGAAGGUGCGUCUUCGCCUGAGUGGCGUCCACACUGGCUGGAGUGGAGCUUUACGUUUUGGUUUCACCAGUUUGGACCCCAGCGAAUUGGUCGCCACAGACAUCCCCAAGUAUGCUUGUCCAGACCUGGUGACACGGCCUGGCUACUGGGCCAAAGCUCUGCCUGAGAGGCUGGCCUUGAAGGACAACGUCUUGUCAUUCUGGGCCGAUCGCCACGGAAGAGUUUUCUACAGCAUCAACGAAGGAGAGCCCAUCCUCUUCCACUGUGGGCUCAGCAUUGGCUGUCCUCUCUGGGCCAUAAUAGAUAUCUACGGCAUCACUCAGGAGGUCACGCUGCUUGAAAGCACAUUUGCUGAGAGUGUGGGAUCCAGCUGCCUGAGUGCGGCCCGUCUGAGUGCCUAUCUGCCCCAGAGUAGCCACGACUCAGCCAAUUACAACAACAAUCAGCUGGAGAACAACCAGGCUGCCGCUGCCAAGAUGGCCAACCUCCAGCUCAAUAACUACACUCAGCUCAUCCCCUGCUGCUCCUCCACCUCUUCCUCUUCCACACCGUCCUCAUCCGCCUCCACUGGAUUCAGUGUCCCGAGGGUGGUCCGGGGCCUUCCUUCCCCGCUGGACAAUGACUUACACUUUCACCUCGUCCGUGGCUCUGAUGUAAUACUCUCUGCAGAUCGCUCAGCUGCGUGCAUCCAUUUUCUGGACAGCAGCCGGACUCUGGUGUUCAGUGACCGGCCGCUGCAUGUGGGUGAGACUUUGUACGUGGAGGUGGGCCACCUGGGCCUGCCUUACUUUGGGGCGCUGUUGUUUGGUUUAACAUCCUGUGAUCCGGCUAGUCUACACGCUGGGGACUUACCGGCAGACCCUGAGGUUCUCCUGGACCGUAAAGAGUAUUGGGUGGUGCACCGGGGCUUCCCCAUGCCUUGCUCUGGAGACGUGCUCAGCUUCAGUCUGCUGCCCAGCGGAGAGGUGCACCACGGGGUGAACGGAGUGGGACGUGGCAGGCUGCUCUGUGUGGACUCCUCUCAGGUUCUGUGGGCCUUUUUCACCCUGCAUGGGGCUGUCAACAGACUCAGGAUACUCGGAACACUGCAGUCCAGUCCUCCCUCAACCUCCCCCAGCACUUCUCAGAGCAGCAGUCCAGAUGACAGUGACUCAGACCUGGCAUUCAGUGUCAACAGAUCCUCCUCUGCCUCUGAAUCCUCUCUGGUGACUGCUCCCAGCUCCCCACUCAGCCCUCCUGUCUCGCCCACUCUCACCGCCCCGGAGCUGCCCUCUGCUGGGAAAAACGGAGAAUGCACCAUUUGCUUCGACCAGGACGUCGACACAGUCAUCUACACCUGUGGACACAUGUGUCUGUGCAACGACUGUGGGCUGAAGCUGAAGAGACAGAUCAACGCCUGCUGUCCGAUAUGCAGGAGGCCUAUCAAAGAUGUGAUCAAAACAUAUCGGCCAUGAUGGUGCAGAUGUUUAAACAAGUGCUGUGACUUCGGCUGCUGGAUCCCACCUGUGUCCCUCUCUCAGGCUUGAUUGGACGUGGAUCUUGGCCCCCAAUGGGAGAUUAGCCACACCAGGACUUAUUUGUGCCUAUAUUUCCAUUUUACAUGAGUAAAUCAUCUCUGGAGAUAGACUAUGCUCUUCAUACGCAGAACUGCGAUGGAGCUCAUCAAGAAGAGAUGAAUCAUGUGCUCCCGUUUUGUAUUUUCAAUGUGAUGUCUCUUACGUCACAUGUAUUUGCUGAGCAGAAAAGCCUGCUGUGAAUAUUUUGUCCUUACCCUCAUCGUCCUAGAUUUAUGUGUGCUUCAGCAGAAUAUGCGGACUGUAGUCUAUGACUUCUAGUGCCUUAGAUUUUUGUCACAUUGUGUGUCCAAGUAAUUAUGCUAACAAUCCUAGCCAUAUUUUUCAAUGUACAUUACUGAAAGCUUGUGGUGAGUAAGGCACACAGAUUUCAGACCUUAUGCAAUAAAAGGUGUAACAGUAUUUGGAAGUGUAAGUGGAGAAAUGUAACUGUAUGGUAAGUGUGUUCAGCAGCGUGCUUUAAGAGAAGUAUGUUUGGAAAGGACAAAAUGAAGAAUCUGGUUUUGCACUUUGAGAGAUUAAUAAAAGUGGAC